AUGGAGCCGGUGUCAGUGUACCACGGACCCAUCAGCAAAGAGACCGGAGAGAGGCUUCUGGGAGAGGCCGGGCGGGAUGGCAGCUAUUUGAUCCGAGACAGCGAAUCCAAACCCGGCGUUUACUGCCUGUGUGUGCUGUACCAGAGCUAUGUGUACACCUAUAGGCUGCAUAAGGCUGAAGAUGGAUCAUGGACUGCAGAGACCACCCCUGGUGUUGAAAAGCGCUUUUUCCGGAAAAUCAAGAACUUGAUUGCAACCUACCAGAAGCCAGGCCAGGGCAUCGCUGUGCCCCUCACGUAUCCCAUUAACGUGCAGAAAAAUCAAACCAUCAAAGACAGGAAGCAGGAUGGCACGAUUUACCUUGGGAAUCCCAUGUGA